CAAAUCACAACGACGGGGACGCGCACCAGUGAACUUACAUAAAAAUCCUCCGUGGAGUUUUCAGCUUCUUUCACAUCUAAAAGGGAUUUGUGGUCAACUUCUGUGGAGUAUGAAAACUUGUGACAGUUUAACGCCGACUGGAGGGAGUCUGGAGUAGUUAAAAGACAACUAAAGUCGCAUUUUUGUCCUUUCUCGGAGACGAAAAGUAAAAAAAGGAUUCUACAGCCACGACGUUUUACUUUUAACUUUAUUUAUGUUUUUUCUGGGAGAGUGAGCCUUGAGGAAACAUCUCGACGCGUGAUUUUGGAAAUAAAUUCAAGGAUACAGAUCCUUAUUUUCCCUUGUUUUAAAACUUUCAGUUCACCAUGUUGCCGAAUACGGCGCUUUACGCAGCGAAGAAACGGAAGAAGCCGGUUCAGAAAAUCCCUAAACCUCCGCCUCCUGAUGGCACCAAGUCCAACCCGUCCAAACGCCACCGCGACCGGCUCAACGGCGAGCUGGACAAGCUGACCAACCUGCUGCCCUUCACGGAGGAGGUCAGAGCGCGGCUGGAUAAGUUAUCGGUGCUGCGCCUCAGCGUCGGGUACCUGAAGGUCAAGAGCUUCUUCAAUGCCACCAUGAAGAAGGGUCAGAACGGCCUCAGCUGGAGCAGCGAACGGAGCCUGAUGUUUGGGUCGAAUGUUCCCAACGCCAUGACUUCCUGCUCCACAGGCUCCGCCCCUGCAGUCUCCUCCAGUCAGGUGACGUCCAUUGACGGCAUCAGCUUCUCAGAGGGAGAUCUGCUGCUUCAGGCUUUGAACGGCUUUGUGCUGGUGGUGACAGCUGAGGGUUAUGUCUUUUACACAUCCCCCACCAUCCAGGACUUCCUCGGGUUUCACCAGUCGGAUGUCGUCCAUCAGAGUGUGUUUGAGUUGAUCCACACCGAUGACCGUGCACUGUUCAGAAGGCAGCUUCACUUCGCCCUCAACCCCACCAACAGUCACAACGAUGCCUCUGAAGACAGUCCUGAGGAUCAGAACUCGGCUGAUAUCAGCACCAAGGUGAUUGCCUACGACCCUCAGGUCAUCCCACCAGAAAACUCCUCCUUCCUGGAGAGAAACUUCAGCUGCCGUUUCCGCUGCCUCCUGGACAACUCCUCUGGCUUCCUGGCCCUGAACUUCCACGGCCGCCUCAAGUUCCUCCACGGUCAGAACCGCUUGUCAGAGGACGGGACGCUGGUUCCGCCUCAGCUCGCUCUGUUUGCCGUCGCCACGCCGCUGCAGCCGCCGUCCAUCCUGGAGAUCCGCACCAAGACGCUGCUGUUCCAGACCAAACACAAGCUGGACUUCACUCCCACCGCCGUUGACACCAGAGGGAAGGUGGUUCUUGGUUACACUGAGACCGAGCUCUGCACCAGGGGGUCAGGAUACCACUUCAUCCAUGCAGCCGACAUGAUGUACUGUGCAGACAACCAUUUGAGAAUGAUGAAAACAGGUGACAGCGGCUUCUCAGUCUUCAGGCUUUUGACCAAAGGCAGGACUUGGAUCUGGGUCCAGGCCAAUGCCAGGGUGGUCUUUAAACAGGGAAAACCAGACUUCAUUGUGGCCCGGCAGAGAGCUUUAACAAAUGAAGAAGGGGAGGAGCAGCUGCGUCUCCGUCGACUCCAGUUGCCGUUCAGCUUCACCACGGGGGAGGCCAUGCUGUACGACACGGCCCCAAUUGUUGACGUUACCGACUCAUGCCCCGCCCCCAAACAGAGGAAGAUUGACAGCUACUCCGUCAGCCCCGACUCCUUACUGGGCUGCAUGCUGAGGCAAGACCAGUCCAUCUACUGCGAACACAACACCGCCAAUGUCCUGAACACUCUCAACGACACGGCCUUCAAGGACACCCACGCCACCGUCAAUGUUCCAGGGGACGUCUGGCAGCAGCCCGGGUCCAAAUCUGCCAUGGGGGGGCUGGUCAAGUCAGAGUGCACAAUUCAAGACAUGAUGGAGACCCUGCAGCAGAUCCUCGGGGACAGCAAUCUCGCCUCCACCCUGGACGUUGAACCCGAGGAGCUGAAGAGUUGGGAAAGUGCGCUGCUGAAGAUGAGCACCAGCGACUUAACCGACGAUCUGAACAGUAUCCUCAGCGACGACAUCCUGUCUUUUGUAGAAGAACAGUUCCAGAAAGAAGGAGGCUUUAAGCUUCCAGAUCAGAUGGAUAACGUACCAGUCUGCCUCUCCACUUUGGACCUUCAGAACCAGAACCCAGAUGGGGGACAGGACUUUAGCUGGCCCCUGGACUUUCAGAAUCCAAUGAUGCCAAGCAGAGAGCAGAUGGUGGCAGGCCAACCGGUGCUGGGCCUGGGGACGGUAAAACUGACCCACAUGGAUCUUCCUCAGUUGGGUUCUUCUAUGUUAAAUGGUCCAGCGCUCAAGCACAGCGAAGUGGGCACCGCCGACACCCAACAAGGGAUCUUCAGGCCUUCCAUGGGUGAUUCUUGUGGUCUGACACAGAAUCAGUUCAGGGGUUUACAAGUCCCCGUCAACAACAACAACCAUGCAGCAUUCUCCGUCCCCCAAGCCUCAACCAAUCAACUUUUUCAGAAUCAACCCCAGGUGGGAAUGCCCACACCCCUGGUGGGCCUCCAGAACCAAAGUGCAGAAGGACAGUCAAAUCCUGGGUUUAGUUUCCAGGGCAACCAGUGGAACUCCUCUGUUCCUACAGCGAACCAGGCUGACGCUUUUGUUCAGUCAUACAACCAAAAUAUUUCAAACAAAGCAGGUUUUGCAGCAGGUCCGACUUCGGCCAGCUGCUUACCGGGACACUUUGCACUUCAGACCCAAAACAGUGACCCACAUAAACAGUCCUGGCCUCUGAAGCAGCAGCAACAAAAGCUGAUUACCAACGGACAUCAAAAAAUGGGCGCGUGCCUCGACCAAAUGUCUGGAUUACAACGGAAUCCUCUUCCUGGAGCGGUCGCACCCCAGAACGGUGUGAACAGCAGGUUCAGUUUCAGGACUCCAGAGACUUCAGAAGUUCUGUUUCCUGUUCAGCAGGACAUGGAGCUUCCACCCAUGGCGCCCUCUAGCAGCUGUAUGUUCAGGAGCAGCUCAGCCUCAGUCCCUGUGAACGGAAUACGCCUGAGUCAGAGUACGCCUCAGUCCUCGUGUCAGAAACGGACCCACGCCGACGCCCAGAUACCCUCCAAACCCCAGUGUUUCUACCAGAGUCAUCUGGGAGCUGGAUCCAUGCAGGGUAUCCAGACCGCUGAUGAGACGUUACUGUCCUGCCAAAUGACCCCGGGUCUGGAUCCAAACAACCUACUGAUGCAACAGCAGCAGCCGUUCCUUAACUUCAGUGAGCAGACCCAGAUGAACAGCCAUCCAGGCCUCGGGAAUGGAGGUUUCCAGUUUCCGUCGCUGCCCAACGGGAACACGUAUUACUCAGACAACAAAUAGGGAAGAAGCUUUAAACGGCAUCGAGGACUGAAUCACCGAAGACUGGUCUGAGGAAACGUGGAAGUGGAACAGACUGAAGAGGAGGAAACAGAAGGAAAAACUCCUUCUCUGGUGUCGUUUUUUCAGGAUGGUUGAAAACAGAACCAGAACAACACAAAAGAAACAAUGAAAGCUUGGUUUAUUUUUGCUAAAACUGGAGAAUGAAAAGAGAAACGAACACUCUGUGGAUGUUGGAUCGGAGACGUAAUAACACAUGAACGGAUUAAACACCACAUCGGAGUUCCUCUACUUCUCCUCGGUUUGGACGGUGGAUCUGAAUGGACGUCAUCGACUGGAUAAAGUGUUUUUAAGGACAUGUAUUACGACGAUGGUGGACACUGUGCUUCUUAUUGGAAGUAUAGGGGUGGGGGGAGGGGGAGGGGUCUUACCCAUCAGCCCCGAUGCUCCACGUAUUCUCAGAAAGCAUCCAUUUCACCUCCGUACACCGUCGUUAGUGCAUCGUUAUCACAGAAACCAGUGUCGCAUUGGAGAAAGAACAAUGGAAAGAAUUCUCCGCAAUCUUAGAAUUCGAAAGAAAACCCACUGCAUCAGUUACACUGACUUAGACGAACUCGAAUAACCAACACAAAUAUUAUAUUCUAAUGUGCUGGAGUUACUGCUAAAACAUUAAGUAGCUUCUGUUUGACCUGUUUCUGCCUACAUUCAUUUACAAUUAUAUAAAAAAAUUAAUGAUUUGUGUUGUUGUGAUGCUAAAUUAUAAUGUGGAUUGUUAAUUUGAAUACAGUAGAACUUCAUACCAUCAGUUUAAUUUGUUCCGUGACCGAGUUUUUUUGCGAUUUACUCAUUUUACAAAUCAGUUUUCCUUAUUGAAAUUAAUUGAAGCAUAAUUUGUCACUUUCAGCCCCCAAAAACCACCCAAAAUCCUUUUUUAAGGGUUUUUCAUACAGAAAAAGUGCAGUUAAGAAGAAAAUUACAAUUAUAAUAACAUAAGAAUACACAAUGCAAAAGAAAGAAACUGGUUUUAUUGACUCAUUUACCGUGAAGAUGAGAUGAUCUGUGAGUGUGAAGUGAGCACACUGCAAAAAAAAAAAAAAAACACCAUAAAAACACUAAAUCUGAGGAAAAAAGUACUCAAAACAAGGGAAAUAUCUGU